AUGACCGUAGUGUUCCCAUGCAGGCUUUGCGGCAAGAUCUACGCCCACAAAUCUUCAAUGUAUACCCAUCUACGAUUAUGUGGCAAAGAGCCCAAAUUCAGCUGCGUUCUUUGCGGCAGGAGGUUCAAUCCCGAAACUGAUCGUGAAGAACAUACAGAAGCUGAAAUACGCAAAGAAGCCAGUAAUCUACAAAUGCACAAGAUGCACCAAGAGUUAUCAAUUGGAAACAUCCUUGCGAAGACAUCAGAGAUUGGAGUGUGGUGUCCAUCCCAACGUCCUGCAAGAAAAAAACAGCUUGGAAUGGGAUAUGGUCUGUUGGCACAGAUGCUGAUGUCGCAGGAUAAUAACGAGUGGACUCAACGUCGAGCGAGUGGAUCAUCGUACAAGAUGUCCAGAGGUAUCCGAAAGAAGAGCAUAGGCGAUGCCAAAUACGAAUGCGGCAGAUGCGGGAAAACAUACAAGGCCACGACAUCCUUGAGUCGACACAAACGACUUGAGUGCGGUGUUGUGCCUUGCGAGGUAUGUCCUAUCUGUGGCCGCAGAUUCAAGCACAGGUUCGUCCUAAACGCUCACAUCGUUGGUUACGGUGUCCUGAUGAACAAAUUUGAACCGAAUGCUAACCACCUGAAUAUGUUCCGACAUUUCGUAAAUUGUGGCCAAAUAGAGCCGGUACCGAAGCAAUAUUUUUGCGGUGAAUGCGGCAAAGUAUAUAAAUGGAUGGACAAUCUGCGCCGACAUCAAAGACUGGAGUGCGGCAAGCUACCUAAGUGGCAUUACAACAAUGAUGAACUGUCCGAUUGGUUAGUUGAACCGUUCGUAAAGCAGGAGCUCAAAGAAGGAGGCUGCUUCGAGUUCGUGACUGUUCCCAAUCAACUGUCCUCGGACCACGAGAAUGAGCAAUGCACUGCGGAAAAGAGCAACGAUGAGGAACCGGAAAUCUGCGAGGUAGCUUUUCACGGUCAGCUUAAGUACCUACUCUGUGACUCGCCGAUCCUUAACAGCGUGGAAGCAAAUGUGGUCCAGAAAAAUUCCAAGUCUUGCCAGCAAUUCCGUUGCGAUGGCUGUGGCAGAGCGUACACGAGAGUCGACAGCCUGAAACGUCAUCAACAGAAAUGCGACGAGCUUCUGGCGUCGUUUCAGGAUCGGCAGGAAGCGUUAGAAAGGCUUCAGCAGCAGGAAUAUUAUUGUAAUCAAUGUGGCAAAUCGUACAAAAGGCUAGAUACUCUGCGUCGGCAUCAGCGCAAUCAAGUGUGCGCUGAUAAAGAGAGCAACAAUUCUUCAAAAAUAGAUAAGCCGAGUUUAUAA